AUGCUUCACUCCGUCUCGACGCAGGGGGUGGAACUGAGCCCCACGGACAAGUUAUCCUUUGCCUUGAACGGGGUAAUGAUCCACGGAGACAGGUCGGAAUAUAAUGCAAGUAUUUGCCUGAAGGUGGUCGAGUCACGCAAAGACGUGAAGAACGAGGGCCGAAUUAUCGACACCUGGCUGCAGAGACCUGCUCUGGCCUCCAUAGAUGAGAAUCGCUACUGGCGCAGUGACACAUCGGACUCUCUGGUAGACCUCCCUUCCACUCCCAAGACCCCUCAACUCAUCAGAUAUGAUACAUCUUCACCUCUUCCUCCAGGAAAGCGCUCUCAUGCAUUAAACGUCUCAACCGAUACGCCAGUUCUUGCAAAGAGAUUCAAAUAUGACACAGCUAAGGCCUUGAGAAGCAGCGGCGAUAGAAGCUCUACGUUGAACGAUAUAGCGUCUUCGUUUUCGGACAACAUCGUACCAACCUCUGAGGCCAAAUUCACUGCCAAUCCUACCAGCGCGGGCUCUGCUACAAUGAACCAUUCUAGGACGGUUUUUUCAAGUACACCCACAACUUUUAUCGAGGCUUGUUCCAGAGGGAAUACGGCCCCUUCUUUGAAUCCAAAAGAUACACCUGAGCAGGCGUUUGCUGAAUCAGGAAAGUCUUCGCGUGACUCGGUCUCACUCCUGAAAGGUCCCCUUGCUAUGAUCGCUGGGUUGGACCUCUACAAUGCUCAAUAUGUAGCCUUGAAGGAAACGACAGUUCUGGACCAGGGCACGCAAAUUAAUAUCAUAGGCGUAGUCAAUUCCGUAUCUGAACCAUUCUUGGUCUCUCAUAGCAGGAAUCUAUUUUGCCCCAUACAGAUCCUUGAUCCCAGUGUUUGCUCCGCUGACGACAGCACCCUAAAUGGUUCAACUGCUUUCAACGUCAAUUGUUUUACGACCAAGUAUAAAUGCUGGCUUCCCCGCCCUGAGGUCAACGAUAUUGUUAUUCUUCGCAACGUCAAGACCGCAAAGUUUGACAACCGCCCCUCUACCGUAGGAUACCCCGAUAAGCUUCAGUGGGUAGUGUACAAGCCAGAAACAAACGAGAUAGUUCAUAGCAGAGGCGAUGCUCCUCUCUCCGAAAGUCUCGCACCCAACGGCAUGGGCGUUCGAUUCUCCCAUUUCUACAACCCUCAGCCUCAAGAAAUCGAAUAUUGUUCCAAACUCUCUACUUGGUGGAAUGCAAUACUCGACAAGAGACGAGCCGAGUUAGGCACGAUCCAUCAAAUUGGCGGAGAGACCCCCGGACGUGGCAUUGUUUCCUCUAGUACUCGGCGAGUGCAUAAGCUCAUCCGCGAUGUGGACCACAUAGUAUUCCAGGGAUAUUUUGAUUGUGUAGUCGAGGUGCUUUCUAAAUCUGACAGCGCCGGCAAUAGCCCGUACGAACUCUAUGUUACCGACUACACGAAGAAUGAUCGGGUCAUUCCAAUGCAUUCCCAAUUAUGGCCCGAAUCUCUUGCCGAAACAGUGCUGAAGAUCAAGAUGUGGGACCAGGCGCGCCCGAUGGGGAGGACGAUGGAACAGGGAGGAAUAUACAGAAUCAAGAACGUCCGAAUGAUUGUCGGUAGAAGUGGCGGUCUUGAAGCAAAGAUGUUCGAGCCAAAGAUAUUCGGGCUGCUAGAUGAGAGCGACGCCAGCUUCGAUGUGUAUCUGCAAGAGUUUCUAGAGCGCAAGGAGUGCUGGAAGAUCGACAAUGAAGCCGCCCAACCGAAUGCCUGA